AUGUUUGUCAGAGAGUCUCGAAGUCCAGAGGGGAAGGGAAAGUUAAACGGUAACCGUUCCUGCGCUCCAACACGAACCUGUUUUCUCGUACGAGGAACAUUUAGCCAGGAGGCGGGGACGGGACGGUGGGCCAGACCACGUCUUCGGCAUCCUCCUGUUCCCGUCACCGUCUCCGUCUCCGUCGCCCUGUCGAAUCGAGGCGAGGCCAGGCCAGGCCUGAGGGUCUCUCCGCCCAGGUGUCCCACUCCUCCUGUCAUCGUCUCCCGUCCCCGUCCCCGCGCCUCCGUCCCCUCUGCGUUUCUCCCUGUCUGCCCGGCAACCGGCGGCAAGAGAGAGAGAGUGUGUGUCAGAGAAUACCACGUAAACCUUAAAGGGCCAACGGCACCUCUACUAACAAAUGUCGGCACAACGACGAAGAAACGUCGCAUUAUUUAUUGCCAAAACAUGUUGCAAAAUAACACAAAGACAACCAUGUUCCAUCAUCACCAACUGAAUAGUAUCACCACGGAUAAAUACACUAAAAUGGGAUGA